UUGAAUUAUAGAUAAAUGUGUAGUAAUAAUAGUAAUGUAUAACUUCUGAUAUCUAUGUCGGUUGUCUUCAAUCUCUUUUUCGUCUCUCUUCUCUCCUUCCCUCUGCCCCUGUUUCUGUGUGUGUGUGUGUUAUCGUGUGUGUGAGAAUCUCUCUCUCUCUUCCUGACUUGCACCAGUCUGAGGCUACAGAGACAUCAAGGUGCCCUGCUGGAAUAAUGCCUUUUGGAUUUGUGGGAUUCAGAUUAUAUUUCAUGAUUUUAGCAGGAGAGUUUUUCCUGCAUACGGACGGCACAGAGGAGCUGUCAGCUGAUCGUCUCCUCCAACCGGCCCAGCAGGAGUCCUCUGUGCUGAAGCCCACAGUGCUGAUCACCAUCCUCGCCCGCAAUGCACAGCACAGCCUCCCUUAUUUCUUAGGAUGCAUUGAGAGACUGGACUAUCCAAAGGACCGUGUCGCCAUCUGGGCGGCCUCUGACCACAGUGUGGACAACAGCACAGCCAUGCUUCACGAGUGGCUCAGAGGAGUUCAACACCUUUACCACUCAGUGGAGUGGAGGCCUGCAGAGCAACCGAGCUCUUAUGCAGAUGAGCAGGGUCCCAAACACUGGCCUGACUCUCGGUUCACCCACGUGAUGAGGUUAAAGCAGGCGGCACUCAGAGCUGCCAGACGACUUUGGGCUGACUACAUACUGUUUGUGGACAGUGACAACUUGCUGACAAACCCUCAGGUGCUUUCUGACAUGAUAGCAGAGAAUCUGACAAUUGUGGCUCCAAUGCUGGAAUCAAAGAGCCUUUAUUCCAACUUCUGGUGUGGCGUGACUCCUCAGGGCUACUACAGGCGAACCCCAGAGUAUGUUCCCAUCCGUAAAUGGAAGUGGCUGGGCUGCUUUGCUGUCCCCAUGGUGCACUCCACCUUCCUGCUGGACCUGAGGCGCAGAGCCAGCCAAGCAUUGGCGUUCCACCCUCCUCACCCCCAGUACUCCUACAAUGUAGAUGACAUCAUGGCCUUCGCUUUCUCUUCACAGCAAGCAGGGGUUCAGAUGUACGUGUGCAAUAAGGACCAUUAUGGAUACUUACCAGUGCCUCUUAAACAAGACCAGACACUGGAGGAAGAAGAGGAGAGUUUCACCCACACACUGACGGAGGCUCUCAUUGCCUACACCAUGGAGCCUUCACAGUAUGUGCACACUUUGCCUAAAGAACCAGGAAAGAUGGGAUUUGAUGAGAUCUAUCUGAUCAAUCUGAAGCGCCGCUCAGACCGGCGGGACAGGAUGUUGAGUUCUUUGACUGUCCUCGGCAUCGACGCCACACUGACAGAAGCCGUGGAUGGCAAAGCCUUGAACUCCUCUCAGCUGCUGGCCAUGGGUAUAGACAUGCUGCCUGGGUACAAAGACCCAUACUCAGGCCGUGUGCUGACUAGAGGGGAGAUCGGCUGCUUCCUCAGCCACUACAACAUCUGGAAACAGGUGGUGGAGCAGGAACUGCAGCAGGUGCUCGUGCUGGAGGAUGAUGUGAGAUUUGAGCCGAGGUUUUGCAGCAGAGUGGUGGCUGUCAUGGAAAAUGUACAGCGAGUGGGGCUUGAAUGGGACCUCAUUUAUGUAGGCCGUAAGCGGCUGCAGGUGAAGGAGCCAGAGCACUGGGUGAAGGGAGUCAGCAACCUCGUGCACCCAUACUACUCCUACUGGACCUUGGGAUACGUCCUCUCACUGAGCGGAGCCCGGAAACUCCUGCAGGCAAAACCUCUGAACAAAAUGCUGCCUGUUGAUGAGUUCCUACCCAUCAUGUUCAACAAGCACCCCAAAGAUGAGUACAUGCAGCAUUUCGAGCAGAGGGACCUGAAAGCGUUUUCAGUUGAGCCUCUGCUGCUCUUCCCCACACACUACACCGGCGAGCCCGGCUACUUCAGCGACACAGAGACCUCCACCAUCUGGGACGACGAGGCCGUGGAAACAGACUGGGACAGAGAGGGGGCCAAACAGCGGCGUGAAACUGAGGAAGUAGGGUUUGGACCUGAGGCUCCUCGCUCUGCUCGCGGUGGCGUGCCUCCUCUCUCUGCCAGUGCAAACAGAGAUGAACUCUGAGGCCAUGUCAUGUCAUGUUACACACUAUGGCCAGCUGAAUAUCCUCAGGGGGGGCCGUGGGGCACCAAUUAGCAACUGGGCCCCUAUUCAACUUUAUUCCUCCCCCUUUCUGUGCAGUGUGUAGAGUUUUUCUAAGAUGGAGGACAUUAUCUGUGUUCUGUGUUCUUUGGCAGAAAGCUAAUAGUAAGGAAUAAAAACUUGUUGAUAUAGGGUUUCAGUGGUACAGUUUUUCAAACAAAUUUUCAAUUUAAUUAGCAAAAGCCAGUUAAGCCUCUUAUGUUUGGAGCUUUCGGGGGCCCACAAGCUGUGCACCUCCAGUGCAGUUGCUAUAGUGGUAAUUCAGCCCUCUGUACAUCAAGCAGCCCGGUCACCAGAAUAUAAUGUCGGCACUGCAAACCCCGGUUUAUGUUACAUUUACACGUUUUAUACCUACAGUAUGAAGUACUUUUGAUUACAUGUCUAUGAGCUGAGUUUCUCAUCAAGGGGAGGAAGGGAUGGUGGAUGGUGUAACACACAAGCAGCAAAACAGACCACUGUUCAAGACCAGCAAAAGCAGGUGCUUUUUAAUGACCGUUCAGUACAUUUUCAGCCGUGUUUGUAGCGACCAAAGUGGGUAUUUUGAGCUAAAACAUGACCUUUUCCUAAACGUUACCAAGUGGUGUGUGUGCCGAACACACGUUAACCACAGUUGUUGUCACAACAUAAAGCUGGAAAUCGAAAUGUAAAGUUUCAACAGAUCUACUACAUAUGAAAUGUAGAAAUGUAACAUAUCAGUGGUUUGCAGAAAUGUACAGUGCCAACAUUUAUUCUGAUGACUAGGUUACACCAAAACCACCUGCCGAGACCAAGACUGGCAAAUAACAGUGAUGUGUUUUUCAAACGCAAAAUGUCUUCUGGAGCCUAUCCCAGCUGACACUGGGCGAGAGACUAUCACAGGGCUGACACAUAGAGACAGACAACCAUUCACACUCACAUUCACACCUACGGACAAUUUAGAGUCAUCAAUUAACUUGCGUGUCUUUGGACUGUGGGAGAAAGCUGGAGUACCAGGAGUAAACCCACGCUGACACAGAGGGGCUCCCCCAUGCCAGGUUCGAACCAGGAACCCUCUUGCUGUGAGCUGACGAUGCUGACCAAUUGAGAUUCAGCGACAGCAUUUUGUACACAUCAAAUAGACUCACUUCUGUUCAUGUUAUUAUGGCUGACAUUUUUUUAAUUGUUAUUUUUGUCUGUAUGUGC